GUUUGUGGACAUCCGGGGAACCAGGACAGGUCCUGGGGCCGUGGGAGGAGCGAGCUGCACAGGAGACCUUCUGGGAGAAGCGAGGAAGGAGCCGAGAGCAGAGCUGGAGCCACAGGCCACUGUGGGGAAAUGAGAAGCCCCAGAGGCCUGACCUCCAGGGUCCCUUCUCAGUGGCAGCCCCCGGGAGGCCCCGCGGGACGGGCUCCGGAGUCCCUUCCCAAGCCCUCCCUCAGGGCCUGGCCCAGCUCGGUGAUGCCUCGCUGGAGUAAUGUGACGCUGCAAUGCCAGACUUCUACCAAGAAUGUCAACUUUGUUCUCAGAAAGGGAAAAGUUCCUUUGGAGUCUGUGCAAUCAUGGAUUUCCACAGAUGGGCCGGCUGAAUUUCACCUCACUGACCUACAAUUCAGCAAUGCUGGAGAGUACACCUGUGAGUACUACAGACGGGGGCCCCCACGCACACGUUCACAGCCCAGUGACGUCCUCCUGCUACUGGUGACAGGAAAUUUUCCUAAACCUUCCCUGCAAGCCCACCAAAGGGGUGAGGUGACCGCAGGAGACACCGUGACCCUGAGGUGCCAGACGGCAGCCAAUGUUUACGAGACUAUAAUGUUUGCUCUACUGAAGGCAGGAGCAGCAGGGCCCGUUCAGCUCGAGGGUCCAGUAGAGAAGGAGACAGACUUCUCCCUCCAGAAUGCGACAGCUGGUGACACCGGGAACUACAGUUGUGUGUACUUCCAGACCACCACUCCUUUCUGGGCCUCCAAGCCCAGCGAUCAUCUGGAGAUCCGGGUGACAGGUCUGUACUGCCCACAUGCCCCUGGCUGCCCAGGAAGGAUGAGCACUGGCGGGGAGCCCUGUGGAUUUUGAGUCCCACGGAACCUGCACUCUUUGCUCUAUGGAGAACCACUCGCGGACGAGACUCACCUUCCCUCCCGCUGCAGCUUCGCCUGGGGCAGAGGACAGGCUGGAGCCUAAAGACGCACCUCAUAAACUUGGAGGACCUGAAAAAAUGCUUAAAGCUUCAGAGUCA